UUGCCAAAACACACAUUGUAGGUACACUAACAGUUGCUUUUGUUUUUGAGGGGGCAAAUGGCACGCAAAAGCGGUCACUAUUUUGUGCAAAGGCUGUUUGCUGCACUGAAAAAAAAAUGUAUAUAUCAUUUAAUUAUUCUGUACUGAAGGGCCACACUGACUACAUCCACUGCCUGUGCUUUAAAGAAAGGGAAGAGGAGAUUCUCUCUGGUGGGGAGGAUGGUGCCGUGAGGAUAUGGGACUCACGGACAAAUCGCCCAGUUCACUGUAUUGAAGUUUUCAAAUACGAGGAAUGCGCACGCCCCCAGUUUGGGAAGUGGAUUAGCUGUCUUGCUACGGACUCUGAUUGGAUGCUCUGUGGUGGAGGCCCAUCACUCUCAUUAUGGCACCUCCGUUCCAUGUCCCCCACCUCUGUCUUCCCUUUGCCUGGCUGUCAAAGGGAAGCUGUCUUUCACCAGGACCUGAUCAUGUCAGUAGGUGAGGGUCCGCAUGUGUCCCACUGUUUACAUGGAGGGACAGUGAAAGCUCAGAUUCCCUGCACUCCUUCCUCACUCAACACACUGGCUCUGAAUCUCAAAAACACUGAACAUAGGGUUAUGACAGUAGGGGGCAGCAGUCACCAGAUUGAUGUGUUCACCAACUUCAGUUACAGGGCCUUUUCUCUGUCAUUUUGAGCACGCCAACAUUUGUUUGAAUUUGAAUUGAAAUCUGUGGCAAAUUCUCGAAUUAUGA